GAAAAGACAAAGCUCAUUAUUUACCCCUGUCGGUUUUAUCAGUAAUUAAUAUUGUUAAUACAAUUGUUAUCUACGAUUACAUUUAUUACAGAUUGAUUUUCAGCAAUGUCGAAUUAUUUUGGUGUGAUUGUGGUCACAAACAGGACGUCUGUGAAUUCAGUGAUGACAAAGACAAAAUAGUAUUUUUUAUUGGUACCAAAGACGCAACAUAUUAUUAAGUGGCUGAUAUUUGUAGGUAGUAAAAAUAGAAUGGCAGCGGAAGCAAGAAAGCGUCAUUUAAAUGGCGAAACGAGUAAACAAGAUGGAAUACAUAUAAAUGGCGAGUCAAGUAAAAAUGGAGUACCGACUGAAGCUAUUGAUGAUACUGAGCAGAAGCCAAAAUAUUGGGACCCAUUGGCGGAAGGAGUGAAAUGGAUAGAGAGAUACGCCGACCCGUUGGAGAAGUUCUUUGAGAAAUUGCCAGAGUUCAUCAGUACUUUUAUUGCAACAUUCGCCAUAUUUACUUUAGGUGCCACUUUAAGAGGAGAAUGGGUGGUAAUCUUAGUAUCAGCGCUGAAGCAGUUCUCGGGGCACACGCAGACCACAAAUGCCACCACCGCGGAGAUAUUCAAGCUGUUCACGGAAAGAAACCUCAAAAUGGAGAAUAUUGCGACCAUCUUCAUCGCGGCACACUUCGUUUCCUUCGCAAUGUACUUCGGGAUCGGUGGAUUCUUACACUGGUACUUCUAUAUGAACCGUCGGCACCUUGCGCAAGAAUGGAAGAUCCAGCCCACCAAAUGGCUUACUCCUGAACUGGAACGGCAUGAGAUCGUAGUUGGCACUUUGUCCCUUGUCGUAACAGGCAGCUUCUCAGCAUUCUUAGCCACUUACAUUUACAACGGGAACCCUUCCACGGUGUACUAUCAAUUCGACGAAUACGGCUGGUGGUGGUUCUUCUUACAGCUACCCAUCAUCUUUAUUUAUGCUGAUUAUACGACUUAUAUUAUCCAUCGUUUGUACCAUACGCCAUUUUUGUACAAACAUUUUCACAAAUUGCACCACAAGUACAAGCAACCGACCGCAUUCUCUGUCACCGCCAUACAUCCUGUGGAAAUUAUGCACAUACAACUAACGCUCUGUCUGCCUCUAUUCCUAUUCCCGACACAUUGGCUGCCUUUCUACAUUGUGGCGAUCUACAACUAUUACCAUGGCAUCAUCGACCACUCUGGCAUCAACUUCAAAGCGCAGUGGUGGCAGCCUUGGCAACCUGACGCCGACUUCCAUGACAAGCACCACGAGUUCUUCCACUGCAACUUCGGGUUCAAUAUGUUCAUAUGGGAUAAAAUUCAUGGUACUAUGAGAAAGAUUAAUCGAGUUUACACCGAAGACACAUAUCAUGGACAAGCGCCGGACGUCAAUUCUCCUGAAGGAAAAGCUAUGAUUGACCAAGAUCCUGAACUGAAAGAAUCCAUUGGGAAAACCACUCUUAAUUCGUAGUGAUUAACGUUUCUGAAGCAAAGAAUUUGGUAAAAUGUAUACUUAUAAUUUCGUGUAACUGUAAGAUUAAAUUAUCAAUGUUUUGUGAUAAUCAAAUAAAAGUUAAACUAUAAGAAAACGCGAUGACUGACGAGUUUUUAUAGUACGCUUAUUAUAAGUACAUAUAAGGGUUUCAAAGGAAAAAUCAUAUAUAGAUAUCGUUUCUUAAGCAAAGCUUAAU